AUUCAAGGGGGAGUGUUAUGAAAUAUUAGUUUGUGAAUGACCAUUGGAUUCUUCAUUUCUCCCAUAACUCUCCAUCAUUAUUUAGCAUUAGUAAUAAUCAUUUCAAUGUGUUUUAUGAAUGUAAUAAUACACCAUCAUAAUGUGCAUUCAUAUUGUAGCUCAUCUUUCAUCUUAUUUGGAUAGUAUAAAUAGUGAGCCAUAUGUAUUAGGUACUAUAUGAAUUCAUCACAAGUAUUGGAAUAAAAGUUCUCUCUACUCUCAUAUCUUUCUUUACUCUAUAAUUUAUAUUGUUAUUUGAUCAUAUUUUAUAACAAUAUAAGAUUUAUUAAUUAUUUUGUCAAAAACUCAAACCGACUCGCGGUGGUUGCAGCGGCUGGCGGCAGCCUCCAUCCCAUAAAUCGACUAAUUACCUUCAAGCCCCUUCUCGGUCGAUGAUCCAACUCUCUUCACUCCGAGACCAAAAAAGUCUCUGAUACAAUCCUCUCGAUUCCACGAUCCCUAAACCCUUCGCUGCAGAUCUUAUGUUCUACAUAUAAUUCCGAAACAAAUCUUUUUCGCUACAUGUAAUGAAUUCGAUUAGUUCAUGCCGGUUAUUCUUACACUUCUCUUAGAUCAUCUAAUUCGAUUAUAUCAAUUCGCUGGUUCUGACCCGAAUUGAUUGGUGGUCGGUGGAAUAAAUGGCGGGUGGGACACCGAAUAUGGAUCAAUUCGAAUUGUACUUCAAACGAGCAGAUUCGGAUCAAGACGGUCGGAUUAGUGGCGCCGAAGCUGUUUCCUUCUUUCAAGCCUCUGGUUUACCUACGCCGGUUCUCGCCCAGAUAUGGACACAUGCUGAUCAAAACCGAACUGGUUACCUUGGAAGACCAGAGUUUUACAAUGCUCUCAAACUUGUAACAGUUGCACAAAGUAAGAGGGAGCUUACUUCAGAUAUAGUGAAGGCAGCAUUAUAUGGACCUGCUUCUGCUAAAAUUCCUCCACCUCAGAUCAAUCUUGCAGCCUUACCUGCACCUCAGUCAAGCUCAAAUCCAGCUCCACCUGCACUACAGAUACCUGCAAGUGCUCCACCAGCUUCUCAUAGAGUUCCACAGGGUUAUCCAUCUCACCAAAAUCAAAACAUGAGGCCACAUCCACAUGUGACACAACUUCCUAACAUGAGUCAUGGACAACCAAGGGAAAACAUGGUUGCAUCCAAACCAAAUGGUCCUAUUUUUUCUACAGAAGUUAAAGAUUCAUCUCAGGGGAACCACAAUAUUGCCCAACAACCAAAUGUUGUUCAUAAUCACAACCAGCAUUUACAGCCUAACAAUCAGCGAAUUCCUGUUAGAAGUGGAAACCUUCCUUCUACUCAACCAUGGCCAAAAAUGACACAAUCCAAUGUCCAAAAGUACACCAAGAUUUUUGUGAAAGUUGAUACAGAUAGAGAUGGAAAAAUCACAGGUGAACAGGCCCGAACUCUGUUCUUGGGUUGGGAAUUGCCAAGAGAUAUCCUAAAACAGGUAUGGGACUUAUCUGAUCAAGACAAUGACAGCAUGCUUUCAUUGCAUGAAUUUUGUAUUGCUCUCUUCCUCAUGGAGAGACACAGGGAAGGCCACUCUCUUCCUAAAACACUUCCAUCUGGCAUUCUGUUUGAGGGGACACCAAUCAUGUUUCCAGGUGUCAACCAACAACAGGUCACUCAUCCUGCAGCAAGGCCACCUCAUCCAGUUCCAGUUCCUAUAGAUAAAGAUUUGCAGCCUAAACACCAAAAGCCUAAAGUUCCUGUAUUGGAAAAGCAUCUAGUGGAUCAACUUAGUAAUGAAGAACAAAGUUCAUUGAAUUCAAAGUUUCAGGAGGCAACUGAAGCAGAUAAAAAGGUUGGUGAACUUGAAAAAGAGAUACUUGAAGCUACACAAAAGACCGAGUUUUACAGAAACAAGAUGCAGGAAAUUGUUUUGUACAAGAGCAGGUGUGAUAAUCGAUUGAAUGAGGUUACAGAAAGGGUAAUUUCUGAUAGGAGAGAGGUUGAAUCACUGUCAAAGAAAUAUGAAGACAAAUACAAACAGGCUGGUGAUGUAGCUUCUAAAUUGACUAUUGAGGAGGCCACUUUUCGUGACAUUCAGGAAAAAAAGAUGGAGAUUUAUCGAGCAAUAGUGAAGCUAGAUCAGGGUGGAAAACCUGAUGAUAUUCAGGUUUUAGCUGAUCGCAUUCAAUCGGAUCUUGAGGAACAAAUAAAAACCCUAAAUGAACGCUGCAAGAUGUAUGGAUUGCGUGGGAAACCAUCAUUGUUGCUUGAGCUUCCCUUUGGUUGGCAAGGUGGCAUUCAAGAAGCAGCAGCUGAUUGGGAUGAAAACUGGGAUAACUUUGAAGAUGAAGGAUUUACAUUUGUGAAAGAUCUCACACUUGAUGUGCAAAAUGUUUUAGCUCCUCCAAAACAAAAGUCCUUGCCAGUUCAAAACAAGUCUGCCUUCCAAAAUGAGACUUCAUCUUCAACCACAGGAGUCAAGGACAGGGAAUCAGACCUUCAAGAUAAGGGUAAAAUUGUAAAAUCACCACCUGAUAGCCCUGCUAGCAUUAAGUCAACACAGAGUCAAUCUAAGAUAUUCCAAGAUUUCCCACCUGAAGAUAUCUCACCCCAUGCUGUUAAGAGUGAAUCUGAGGCAGACAAGCCUACAUUUGACAGUAAUUAUGAUUCAGAAGCUGGUUGGGAUUUUACUGCUACAAACCAUAAGGAUUUGGAAGAAGAGAGUGUUAAUGGGAAUAAUACGUUAUUUGAUUUAAAUCCCAUAAGAACAGAGCUCCCAAAGUUUGAUUCCAUUCCAAGCACUCCGGCAUAUAGCUAUUCCGGUUCCCCUCCCGGAAACAAUUUGUUCCAUAACCAACCCCCAUUUUCAGCUUUUGCUGAUUCCAUUCCAAGCACACCUGCUUACAGUAACGCCGGUUCUCCUCAUCGCAAUUCCAUUUCCAAUCCCGUUUUUGCAGAUUCCGUUCCGAGCACACCCAUGUUUGAUGAUCAUUCGUUCAAUAACUUCUCUAGAUUCGACUCCUUCAGCAGCACUACAACUCGCGACAAUGGAAUCGGAAUCGACUCGUUUUCAAGAUUCGAUUCAUUCCGUAGCACGACACAGGAUUCCGAAGUGGAUCAGGGAUUCUUCCCUCCUCAAAAGUUUACAAGAUUUGAUUCCAUGAACAGCAUUGCUGAUUCCGAUUUCGGCCAUUCGCUAUUCCAGCCUCGUGAAUCAUUCGCAAGGUUUGAUUCCAUGCGAAGCACUGCUGAUUCCAAUCAUGGAUUCCCAUCUUUUGAUGAUGCAGAUCCUUUUGCAUCGAACAACCAGUUGCAGAGUGAAACACCAAGAAGAGAUUCUGUAGAUGCUUGGAAGGCAUUUUAGUUUUUUGCACAUUGAUUCUUUGUUUCUAUGUAUAGAUAGAUAAUUACAUAUGUAAAUUAAAGUUGAUGGAUUGAAUAAUGUAGGACAUGUAUAAAAAAAUAAGCCUACCUACACUGCUAAUUCAUAGUCCCAUUUAAUGAUGUAUGAAGAUUUCUGCAUUUUAUUUUUCCUUAUUUAGCUUUGGGGUAAAAUCGUAAUUGUUGGGUUGAAAGGGUUGAGCUUCGAAAGUAUGAAGAACAAGCCGGAUGAUAAUUGAUACCCGUAUCUAGCUUAUGGGGGAGUGGAUAUUUAUGCUUUUUAUUUUUCUUAUUUAGUUUGGGGGUAAAGUCGUAAAUUUCAGUUUCUAAGUGUUAAGCCAACCCUACAUAUUUGGCGUUUAUAUUUUGUUCCCUACGGUUCCUUUUGGUUUGAUUGGUACGAUGAAUAAAAAAUGAGUAUCGCUUUC